CACCCGAGCCCCGAGUGGCGGUGACGUCUCUGCUGACGGGUGUGGGGGGUGUAGUGGAGGGACAGACGGAAGUGACGUAGGGCCCCAGCGCCCGGGCCAUGGCGGCGGCGGCGGCGGGAGCUGCUGUCUGAGCCGCGGCUGCGGACCGAGGGAUUUGGGGCUGGGAGCCCGGGCCCUGGGAGAGGCGCUGCGGCAACCGGGGCGCGGACGGCUGGAGCCGGCCUACCUCUCCUCCUCCUCCACCGCGGCGGAGCCCUAGUGGGGGGUCUGUGCCCGGUCACCAUGACGACGCCGGCGAAUGCCCAGAAUGCCAGCAAAACGUGGGAACUGAGUCUGUAUGAGCUCCACCGGACCCCGCAGGAAGCCAUCAUGGAUGGCACAGAGAUUGCGGUUUCCCCUCGGUCACUGCAUUCAGAACUCAUGUGCCCCAUCUGCCUGGACAUGCUGAAGAAUACAAUGACCACCAAGGAGUGCCUCCACCGAUUCUGCUCAGACUGUAUCGUCACGGCCCUUCGGAGCGGGAACAAGGAGUGCCCUACCUGCCGCAAGAAGCUGGUAUCCAAGCGGUCUCUGCGGCCGGACCCCAACUUUGAUGCCCUGAUCUCUAAGAUCUACCCCAGCCGGGAGGAAUACGAGGCCCACCAAGACCGGGUGCUCAUCCGCCUCAGCCGCCUGCACAACCAGCAGGCACUGAGCUCCAGCAUCGAGGAGGGGCUGCGCAUGCAGGCCAUGCACAGGGCCCAGCGUGUGAGGAGGCCGAUGCCCGGGUCAGAUCAGACCACCACGAUGAGUGGGGGGGAAGGAGAGCCUGGGGAGGGAGAGGGGGAUGGAGAGGAUGUGAGCUCAGACUCCGCCCCUGACUCUGCCCCAGGCCCUGCUCCCAAGCGACCCCGUGGUGGGGGCGCAGGGGGGAGCAGUGUAGGGACAGGAGGAGGUGGCACUGGUGGGGUUGGUGGGGGUGCCGGUUCUGAAGACUCUGGUGACCGGGGAGGGACCUUGGGAGGGGGCACCCUAGGCCCUCCAAGCCCUCCUGGGGCCCCCAGUCCCCCGGAGCCAGGUGGAGAAAUUGAGCUCGUGUUCCGGCCCCACCCCCUGCUCGUGGAGAAGGGAGAAUACUGCCAGACUAGGUAUGUGAAGACAACUGGGAAUGCCACAGUGGACCAUCUUUCCAAGUACUUGGCCCUGCGCAUUGCCCUAGAGCGGAGGCAGCAGCAAGAGGCUGGGGAGCCAGGAGGGCCUGGAGGGGGCGCCUCUGAUGCCGGGGGACCUGAUGGGGGUGGCGGAGAGGGUGGGGGCGCCGGAGGUGGUGACGGCCCUGAGGAGCCUGCCUUGCCCAGUCUGGAAGGUGUCAGCGAAAAGCAGUACACCAUCUACAUCGCCCCUGGGGGCGGAGCCUUCACGACACUGAAUGGCUCCCUGACCCUGGAACUGGUGAAUGAGAAGUUCUGGAAGGUGUCCCGGCCACUGGAGCUCUGCUAUGCUCCCACCAAGGAUCCAAAGUGACCCCACAAGGGACAGCCAGAGGAUGGGGACCAUGGGGUGUCCCUAUGUCCUGGCCCAACACCCCCAGCUUCUUUGUCCCCCGGUGCCCCACCCAACCCAGCCAGCCAGCAAGAGGACACAAAUGAGGACAAGUGGCUUUUAUACAAAGUAUCUAUAUCAGAUUCUUCUAUAUUGUACAGAGCGGGGCAUGCACCCCCAUCUACUGCCUUUUCUAUUGCUUCUCCCCCUCCCCCGCAGCCUCCCAUCUACACAAGAUGUUGGGAAAGGUGAAGAACCUUCCCCUUCAUGCCCUCCUACCAACAACAACAAAUUUGCUUCUUCUCCUCUUUGAAA